CUAUUGACCGAAGGUGGACUCCCUGAGUGUUGGGAACACAGAAAAAAAAAAGAAAAAUUCCAGCUACAAAACUGCACCAUGCGCCUCAACUGAGUGGGUUUGGAUUACUCACCGGGAAGUCGUUUCUACUAAAAUUUGACGAAAUUGAGACAACGCCUGGCCAGAUAGCAGCGCCUACACGAUGUUUUUACUUUGCUUACUUGCUUUUAUGGACAACUAUUGCCGCUGUUGGCCGCCUGUAGGGACGAUCCUCAACUAUCCAGAUGGACUAAGGCAUCCUGCAAAAAUGGAGGAUUAAAUCAAAGGGGACUGUCAUUUCUUGCAUCGUCUUUGGACUACCUUUUCAAUGUGGGUAUUUACAGGCAACAGGAUUUUAAUUGAAGUUAAAUGAUGGCAUCGCAUUGGGUUACCUCUUGUGAAGAUGACGAUAGACAACGAGUGAGAUCUUCUUUCUCUGAGAAUGACUCUCAUGAGUGGAGGAACUUGGCUGAUUCUCCAGCAGUGCAGUACCCAACAGAAGAAGAGCCAUUUUCAUGGCCGAGGCCAAAAACUGUGCGUCUGUGUCGCACAUCCCAAGGAUUCGGCUUCACCUUGCGACACUUCAUCGUAUACCCACCAGAGUCAAGCCUUCACUACUUCCCGGAGGAAGAGCAUGGCCGUAGAGGAAGGCAGCGAAAUAGGUUAGAACCUAUGGACACCAUCUUUGUAAAGCAAGUCAAGGAAGGUGGCCCUGCUCAUGCAGCUGGACUUUGCACAGGUGAUCGAAUAGUAAAGGUGAAUGGAGCAAGCAUUAUCGGGAAAGCCUAUUGUGAUGUCAUAUCUUUGAUCCAAGACAGUGGUGACGUUCUUGAAUUGUGUGUGAUGCCCAAAGAUGAAGACAUACUGCAACUGGCCUACUCCCAUGAUGCCUACCUCCGUGGCCACAGUAGCUACAGUGGGAAUGCCUGUCACAUCCCUGAGCCACCCCCAGUAUGCUACCCCAGAGUAGACUGUAAGCCUACGGGCAUGGCCCAGACGACAGACUCAGUGGGGCAGGUCUGCCGAGGGCCAUUAGCAGCUCCUGACCAUGGGUAUCGCAAGGAGAUCACUGUGCCCCCAUCUCCUCCUCUUCAACCAUACCCUAAAAGCCAAACGGCAGUGUGCAUGUGCAAUGACAGUGUUAGGACUGUUGUGGUUCCUCCUAAAGCAGCCCAUACUGGUGGCAUGGGUCCAGCGCACAGGAUAGAUUACAUGGACCCUGUUUUUGUUAGGGGAAGACCUGGGUCACUGGCCCAGUAUCCUCACCCACGAAAAGCUGAUGUUUAUCCCAGUGGUCCAGGAAUGGUUCCUUUUGGAGGCCAAGUGCCUCACUAUCCAGGUAACCAUCAAAACAUUGAUUGGCGCACUUACCAAACAUACAGAGAGUACAUUGACAACAAAGGAAUUCAUUCCCAUAGUAGUCGGACUAUCCAGGAGAGGCUGGACAAUUUGCGAACUGCCAAUCCAGCCUCCUUUACCACCAGUCAUCACAUUCCCCGAGGAGACUGGGGACCUAAUGCUCUGCGACGCAGGAGUACUUCCCAUGAGCGGUCAUACCAAGGGCCACCACCCCAAUUUCAGAUUGCUCCACGUGCUGCCUCACAGGACCGCAUGAUCAGUGGAGAGAAGAUGACCCAUACAAGGAACUGGCCCCCUAGAAGUGUGUCCCAGGAUGCGCUUGUUCACAAAGCUCUGACACGAUCCAUGGACUAUGCUGACCCUGCAGAACUGGCUCGGCCCAGUGAGAGGAGAGGAGGGUAUGGAAGGGCAGACCAAGGUACAAGGCCCAGCAGACAGUCUAUUCCCAGACAUGCUGUUCUCUACAGGCCUUCUCUUGGGUACAGCAGUGGAAUGAGUGGUGCACAAAACCCCUCCCUCUACUCCAAAGGACCAGAUUCUCUUCAGACGCAUUCCUCACCCAUGCUCUCUCACAGGUCCUCACAUUUUGGAAAGAGCACAAGUGCCGAACGUUCUUUCCCUGACCAAAGAAUUUCAAUCAAAGGACAUCAUCCAGGACACACCAGCCAACAAGGCCAGAACAGGAUUAGGGCACAAACCAUGCAUCCUGUUGAGACAGGCCGAGAUGCAGCAUUGGUAGGAUUUAAGUCUUCAUCAUGCUGUACUCCAAAAGAGAUCCCUCAGAGGCCUGGCAUCCUCAAGACCCCCCAAACAGAUUCUCAGAGUCAGGUUAAUGGGCAAAGCCCGUCAGAGACCGAGGUGGUUCUGAGAGAAAAGCCACCCUCUGGAAAGAACCCCAGUCCACUACGGCACCCCUCCUACAUCCUGGCUGUAAAUGAUGAAGGAACCGACUCAACAGCAGAUGUGGUGGCGUGCUGGCUUCCAAAUGAUGCACGACGUGAGAUGCACAUGCGCCGCCUUGAGGAACAGCAUCACACGUCCUGCUCCAGUAACCUGGACGAGUCCCUGGACUCCAUUCCAUUCAUUGAUGAGCCAGUCAGCCCCAGUGUGGACCGAGAGGCUGCUCCUAUUCCUCCCUCCGCUGUGAUAUCUGUUGCACCAUCCAUAGCCACAGCACCCUCCAGUCAAGGCUCACCAUGUCCUACUAUUCGUCGUCAGCUAUCACAUGACCAAGAGUCCCUGCGAAGUGCUUUGUUGGACUCGGAUUCGGCCAAUAAAACAGAGCGAUCCAAGUCUUAUGAUGAGGGUCUGGAUAACUAUCAGGAAGAGGGAAGAAGAAGAUCUUCCAGUAAGCACAUGGCCAGUCUCAGAGGCCUGAGAAAGGCUCUGGAUGGGCAUAAAUCCUCAGGGGAUUCUGGAUCUCGCAGAGACUCUUCCUCAGAUAUCUUCUCUGGUUCAUCCAAAGAAGGGUUGCUUAACUUCAGGCAACUUGGUACAGAUAAAAACAAGCGUGUCGGCGGAGGGAUGAGGUCAUGGAAGCAAAUGUAUGCUGUUUUACAAGGUCACACCCUGACCCUCUACAAAGACAGGAAGGAUGCACAGUCUCAUGCUUCAGUGCAAUCUGAUGAGGAACCACUUCGAAUUAGCAUCAAGGCCUGUCUGAUUGACAUCUCCUACAGCGAUACAAGACGCAAGAAUGUGCUGCGAUUAACCACCUCAGACUUUGAGUAUUUGUUCCAGGCAGAAGGGAGGGAUGACAUGCUGUCGUGGAUCAAAGUCAUUCAGGAAAACAGUAACCCAGAUGAAGAGAACGCUGCUGUAACAAGCCAGGACUUGAUCAGUAGAAAGAUCAAAGAAUACAACAUGAUGAGUGCACCGAGCAGCAGAUCUGAACCCUCCCCAAAAGCCUCUCGGCAGUCUCUCAGCAUCAAACAAGCUUUCCUGGGAGGUAAAGCAGAUGGCAAGAGCUACAGCCCCCAUUCGCCCAAGACAGGCGAGGAACGAAGGGCUCUGAAAGAUGAUUCUAGUCCUCCUCGAGACAGAGGAGCUUGGAAAAUUGGCAUUGCAGGGAUUAUGAGGAAGCCCUUUGAGAAAAAGACUCCAGCUGGCGUCACUUUUGGCGUUCGGCUUGAUGAUUGUCCACCGGCACAAACUAACAGGUUUGUUCCUCUCAUCGUGGAGGUGUGCUGUAAGGUUGUAGAGGAACGAGGCCUGGAGUACACUGGGAUUUACAGGGUUCCUGGAAACAAUGCUGCCAUCUCCAGCAUGCAGGAGGAACUCAACACCAAAGGCAUGACUGACAUUGACAUCCAGGAAGACAAAUGGCGGGACCUGAAUGUCAUCAGUAGUUUAUUGAAGUCAUUUUUCCGAAAACUUCCAGAACCUCUUUUUACAAAUGAAAAGUAUGCUGAUUUUAUCGAUGCCAACCGAGCAGAAGACUCUGUGGAGCGAUUAAAGGAACUCAAGAGGCUGAUUUAUGAAUUACCCGUUCAUCAUUUUGAAACUCUGAAAUUCCUUUGUUCUCACCUCAAGAAGGUUUCUGACAACUGUGAGAAGAACAAGAUGGAGCCUCGCAACCUGGCAAUUGUGUUUGGUCCGACGCUGGUCAGAACCUCUGAGGACAACAUGACCAACAUGGUCAAUCACAUGCCUGACCAGUGCAAGAUAGUUGAGAACCUCAUCCAGCAGUUUGACUGGUUCUUCACUGAUGAUGGGGAUGAAGAUCCUGUUACUACAGCUGAGCAGGAAAGCACAGUGCAGUCUCAGCCUGUACCCAAAAUCGAGCACCUGCUGUCUAACAUUGGGCGGACCACAGCCUCACCAGGCGAAGUCUCAGACUCAGCAUGCAGUGACUCCUCCAAGUCAAAGGGCUUGUGGGGGUCAGGGAAGGAUCAGUGUAGCAAGGAAAUGUUGCGCUCCUCUUUCUUUGUCAACCGCAAACGUAAGAAGCCCAAAGAUAAAGUUCAACCCAGCAGUUCAGAUGACGAUUUGGACCCUGUUUUCACAAAGAAAGAGCCCCCAGAGGAGGGCCAGCAGCAGCCUCUGUGGUCCCCAGACUGCCAGACUGAGGAGGAGGGGCAGACGGAUGAAGCCAGCGAGAAAGAGAACAUAAAUGGCUCAAAGGAUCAGCUGGAUAAAAUCAACAGGAAAGAGUCUCGGCCCUCUCCCUCACUGCCUCCAGAGGACAUUUCAUCCACCCUUCAAACCGGUUCCCCCUAUGCCUCGCCACCCCAUUCCCCAGAUCUCAGCUACCGCUUACCCAUGGCUCACCAGUCCUCUUUGUCAGACCCGCCUUCCAACUAUGACGAUACAGUGUCCGACCUCGGUACGAUGAACAGCACCAGCUCACAGGCAUCAAUGCCCAGAGUGAGGCAGGGCAGGAUAGCGGCGCUGGGCACAGAGGCCUGCCCCAGCAGUCUGGGAGCGGAGGUUUGCUCUAUUACCUCAGACUACUCCACCACAUCCUCCAUGACGUUCCUGACUGGAGCUGAGCUCAGCACUCUCAGUCCUGAAGUUCAGUCUGUGUCUGAGAGCCGGGGUGGCGAAGAUGCAGAUGAUGAGAGAAGUGAGCUUAUCAGCGAAGGAAGACCGAUGGAGACGGACAGUGAGAGUGACCUGUCAGUGUUUACCGUUGGGAAAGCUGAUCAGCGAGAACUGCAGGAAGGCCCUCGACCCCUCCCCUCUCACAGACUCAUUGAGUGUGAUACGCUUUCCAGAAAGAAAGCUGCCCAGCAGAAAACUGACAGCGAGUCCUCACUUGAUGGAGCUCAGGGUGAAAAAGAUCCCAACAGACUGUCCUGUGUUCCAGGCUCAGUGAAAGGCCGGUCCAUCGGCAGCCUCAGCUCUUCACUACGAAGCGAGCUGGAUAAAACAGAGCCUGCAUGGAAGUUGAAGAUCACAGACAGACUGAAGGUACGUCUUCGAAUGUCCGUGGACGACAUGUUUGGUGUGGGCAGCCAACGGAGUCGGUCCCCGGAGGGCCGCAGUAAGAAAAAGAACAUCAGGCGCAGGCACACAAUGGGAGGACAGAGAGACUUUGCAGAGCUGUCUGUUUUAGGAGACUGGUCGCAGCAGGUUGGCAUUGGCUCAGGCUCGCGAUCAGAGCUUUCAGCUGUUGACCGGCUGAAACCUAAAUGUAGCUCUCAGGACUUCUCCAUUGGGGACUGGAUUGCCCGUGAGCGCCACCGUACCAGCAAUCCUGAGGUCAGCCUGGACCUCUCAGAACAGCAGGGGGGUCUGUGCAACACAAACUUGCAGACCCCUGGAGCCUCGGCCUCAGCCUCUUCCGAUCUCUCACGGCGACCAGCUGAGAUGUCGAAUGGGGAAGUCCCACAGAGUAGAAAUCUGAGCCUUUCUGCCACCGCUCACCCACACAAACUCACCAGUUCCCAGGUGGUUCAUUCGCGCUUCUAUCAGUACCUGUGAGAGGUGUGUGUAUGACUAUAUGUUUCAUUCUUUGAGAUGUGUAACUAAUUGGGAGUCUGUCAGUAUAUCGUCUGUGUGACCAGUGUAAGUGAAUAAGCAUGUUUACAAAAAUUGUCUGACGUGUGUCUGUUAAUGGUAUGAGUGCUUCUGCACACAGGGAUGGUUGAUCUUGCUCACAUUUAAGGCAUGAAACAAAAAAGUUGUGUAUCGUUUAAAUUUUUUUUUCUUUUUAUGUUUUUUUUUUUUUUUUUUUACAAUGACCCAGGAAUUCCUCCCUUCCGAUACAAAUCCCUGUUAUGCUGAAAAGUAUGAUGGAGACAAUGCUCAUGAGACAAUGAGCUUGUGAAGUGCGCUAAAGGAAGUGUAAACACUCAAGCUGAGAUUGUUCUGUGGUUUAGCUAAGUGGCUUAAAGGAUGAUCUGACGUAGAAUGAAUAGGAAGUAGUUAAAGAAAAAUAAUAAAUUUUUAGUAUUGCAGAGGAACUAUUUUUGUGUAGAGGAAGUUAUAAUGUUCAAUGUCAGUGAGGCUGUCGGUAACCAAAUGAAGAAUGUACAGACAUGCUUGCUGUAAUACUGACUUAAAGCUUUACAUGCUUGUUUUAUUCUAAAGUGUACAUAUCCCUAUUUUUCUGUGUACUUGAAUUGUGUUUUUGGUACAGCCUGUGUGUGACUGCCUACAAGCUUUCUGCUGUCAAAGGGGCCUUUCCAAAGGUACAAAAGUGACAAGGAGACACUGGACUUAUGCAAAUGGAAAUAUAACUUGUAUUCAUCCCUGCUGUGUGGUUUAAAAAGCAGUGAACAUCAUCCCUCUGAUGCAAACAUAAGGCUCUGUUUUGGUGUUUGUAGUUCACACAGAAGUCAGUGGACUGGCAGUGGAUUGAAAUGAAAACUUGGAAGAAAAAUGGUAAUCGAUCAGGAAAUAAUGUUUCUUUACAAAAGAAAGUGCCUCACAAUGAAAUGUUAAGGGUGCCAUACUGUCUUUGUUGAGAUACACGAAGAGGUUACUGUGAAUGACAUUUUUAUCGUUGACUCAGUCAUUUGACAGGUAAUGAAAAUGCCGAGCUUCCAUUCUUUAGGCAUUCCACUCUGGUCUUAAUAUGUUUUAUACAUCUUUAUCCUCUUGUUUUUCAUCUCGUGAUUUUAAGAGAACUUGAAUUUUAAAUAUUCAUUGUAAGAUACGUAAUUUAAAUGUACAUAAAAGGCCUUGUUUUAGCUGCUUUACUUUGCAUUUCCAUCAUAUUGCAGGAUUAAGUACAGUAUUGUGAGAGAUGAUGAUGAUGCUCAUGAGGAAUGAACGGGUGUUGUGGGCAGGUUGGUACUUCUCUGUGGAGAGGUUUGUUGUAGGAGGAGGACGCGUCAUUGAGAUGGAGCAUUCGUAUCAAUGCUGUGUUCCUCUGAUUGUGAGGGGUGUGCACAGAGUCCUGAAACACUGGAAAUAAAUUUAGUCAAUGGCA